GGAAAAAGUUUUUAAGUUUUCUUAUUUCUUCUUUUUAUGUUUUUUUUUAUUAGGGGGCUUUGAACUUGUAGGGAAUGAAACCGGUUAUUUACUUAUUUUUGUUUUGAAACUACAGCCUUCGUUACAUGAUAACAUAAUUUAAUUGGUUCAUUUUCUAGUGAAUAAAAAUGUUGAAUCAACAUUACAUUUCUUUUGCCCAGGAGUAGGGAAUUUUUUUGGAAAUAGUAGAAGGAAUAAAAAAAUGAUAUGAUGAUGGCAAAUAUAGUUCACUUGAGUCAUCUUACUCUGAUAAGAGGUUCUAUGUGAAUUGCAUCAAUAUGCAUGAGCUUUUUGCCCAAGUUCUCAAGAACCAUGAUCUUUCAAGAGCUGGUGAUCUAUUUUCUAUCGAAGACAAAAACUUGGUUUCAGAUAUCUCGGAAGUUUUAGAAAAAAUAGAAGAAAUUGCCAGUGCAUCUGAUUUUACCCAAAAUGAUAAUAAUCAAAGUGUUGUUGAAAUAUGUAUUACUAGAGUCACUUCUGCUAUCAGGGACACAGGAACUAUUGAGCAACAUGCACCAGCUAUGGUGUCACUUUUAGAAUCUUGUCUUAAUCAUGAUCUUCGUCCACUACCGAAAGAUGAAGACCCUCCUCAUGCUAAAAUUGCAUCAGAUAUUGUUAGUUGUAUAUUUUUGAAUCACAGUAAAAAAUCUAUUAUGAAACUAGCUUUGCCUGUUGCAGUUAAAUUUUUACAUCGAGGUAACAAAGAGCUUAGCAGAAACUUGUCAAGUUAUCUCUCCUUAGCUGCGAUAAACAAUGCUGAACUUCUUGCUGUUCAUGUUCAGCCUAUUAUAGACAGUAUAAUAAGUGGUAAUUAUUCCCUUGCCCGAGUCUUGCCCCAGAUAUAUGUAGUAAAUAAGGAGCCCAUCCACGAUCAUGUAAUGGCUUUGGUUUCCUUGUUGCCUCAAUGUGAAAAUUCUGAGAAAUUGAGUCUUUUAAACUUGUUUGGACUAAUUGCAAAAUACAAGCCUUCAUUGUUGGAAAGUAAUCUGCCUCAUUUAAGUGAAUGCUUGACAAUUUCAAGCACAGCUGCAUCAGCUCUUCAAAUAUUUUUAGAUAUGGCUGCUGUUCGUCCCCAGUCAUUCACAGAACAUGUUCAGAAGAUGAAAAUGGCAGCAGAAUUACAACCUGGUACCUUAGUACUUGUAGCCAGAAUCUUGGGUAUAAUUGGUAAAUUAAAUAUGGAAAGAGCAAAAGAUUCUCUUGAAUUUAUCAUCUCUCAUCUGGGUAAGGUUGAUCAGUGGACACUAAUGGCUUUAUUACGCAUCAUCAAAGGUAUUACCGACACAUUUCCCUCUCUUUUGCCCCAGUAUUUAACAUCAAUUUGUAACCAAGUUGAACCAUCAGCUUCAUCAAAUAUUCGAAUAUACCUACAACAACUAAAAAUGGAUUGUCGAGCAUCUAAAGCACAACAGCAAGUGAUCAAUCAAACUGCGUGUGGAAUAACCAUUGUUAAAGUGGGAGGUAACAAGCAAGAUCCUCCUCAUGUGUCCCUCACUCCUCUGUCAGCUCAAACACCCUCUUUGCCACUAUCUUCACUUAAAACCACUCAUAAUGGAUUUAGAGACUGCAGAUCUAGAAAUAAUUUACCUGGUCCUGCUGAAGCAAGAUCCAUGUCUCAACUUGGCUCCUUACAGGCUAUUAAUCGUAGUAUGGGACGCCUUCCCUCAUCAAUGAGCACUUUGUAUUACCAAAGUGCUACUCGAUUGAGUUCACCUGUUGGCUUGCAUACAAGCAUGAUGCGACUCGGCUCAUCUACAGCUAUGAAUCGUAGUAUGACAGCUAUCAAUUAUAAAAAUAUUAGUAUUCCUAUAACCCGUGUUUCAAGUGGAGGUGUGACUGUUAUGACGGCUUUAACAUCUCCACAAAAGGGCAUCAGUGGUAGUAUGCCAACUCUUCAGGAGGAAGGACCAGUUACUGUUUCCAUUGGAAACACUCAACCUACUUCUACGCAUGAAUCGUACGCUCUUAGAUCCAGUCAGUCAACUUCGACUACGACUUCCGUUAGUCCUUCAUCUAGUAUACCAGUGUCUGCUGCUGUUAAUAGUCAAGUUACAUCAUCUCCAGUGACAACAUUAGCAUAUUCUUCUAAUAAUCACACAUUGCAAAAUACUAAAUUAAGAAAUGCAUCUGGGGUCACUGUUAUAACUCACUCAGGCUCGCAGUCAUCAAAUCCUCAGAGGAUAUCUGUUUUUGAGCCUUAUCCUAUGAGAGAUGCUGUGCAACAUUUCUGCGAAAAACAUUUGGAUAAAAUUAAAGCUUACAUGGUGAAAGUUUUUGUUAAGAUUCCUUUACCUGUACGAUGUACAAUUGAAGAACGCAAAGCAAAAAAGCAUGCUAAGAUAUAUUUCCUCUGUCAGGGGAAAGGAGAACACUGUUUGUAUAAUAAAGCAUUUUUUAUUAUGAAAACACGUAACCCUCGUGUGUGGAUACAUCUGAUGUUUUUAGCUUUGCAGGCAAGGUCUUCAAUAGCUCUGAGCACUAGGGAAGCAUCUGUAAGCAGUUUAAAAAAUUGCUGGGAUACUUUGAAAGCAGACAAUAAAAGCUUCCUCACUCUUGUGACUUCAGCAUUUCCUUCGGCAAAAGAUCAAGAUAUGUUAAUCAACGAGUUGCGUGUUGCUAGAUUUUUUGAUGUAUUCGAGUAUAAUGGGCCAUUAAAUAUAUGGGGCUGCUUUUUAUGUAACCACCCUGACAGGGCUAGAGGAUUUCUGCAGGAUACCCAACCUGUUAUAGAGGGUCAAUUGAAGGAAAAAAAAGGAAAAUGGAAAAUCUUUCGGCGAUGGAGAACACGAUAUUUCACUUUGUCAGCCGGCCAUUUAUCUUAUAGAGGAACACAGGAUGAAAAAGAAGUCCAACCUAUUGAUAUCAGUCAAAUUCGUAGUGUUCGAGCUAUCAGCAGUAGAGGGCGUAAUAUUCCCAAAGCCUUUGAGAUAUUUACCAACGAAAAGACAUUUGUUUUGAAAGCCAAGGAUAGUAAAAACACUGAACAAUGGGUACAGUGUCUCUCAAUAGCUAUGGCUCAUAAUCAUGCCAAAGAUAUUUCACACUGAAUCUAAGACAAAUUUACUUUAAAAUCAAAAAUAUACCUGUGAAAUUAUUUUUUGAUAUGAUGAUUUUUUAUAGUUUUUUUAACAAAGUUUUUGUCAUCAUUUUUUUUUUCAUAAUAUUUUGUUGAAUUUGUUUCAAAACUUAUAGUAUGGAUGUACACAAUGUCAGAAAUUCAUUAUCUGAAAAGCUUAUAUUCAUUAUACUACUGAAUACUAUUCAUUCUGUAUAAUUCUAAAAAAUAUUCAUUUUAUGCUCAGAUGUAGUUUCUGAUUUUAUAUUUGAUUGAGCAUGCUAUUUCGUGUCUAAAUUGAGUCUACAGAUACCAUUGAGGAAGGCAGAUAAUACGUAUCUUUUUAUUCAGACAUCAUUCUUCUAUCUGGAUGGUGUCAUUAUAUGGGAAUUUUAAUCGCAUUGCAUUUACUUAUCAGAUUUUAAAUGUGCAUCAAUUCGAUUUGAUGAUACCAUUAUUACAUGAUUUUGAAUCAAAAUUUUGAGCACAAGAAGUUUGUAGACCAUAAUGCUAAAACAGUUUUCUAGACAUUUAUUUAUUACUUCCAAAAUUAUAUUACAGUUAAAUUUUAAAAACUUACAUAUUUAAAGUAAAUUGUCCAAAAAGUAGGCAAAAAAUAGGUUAAAUAUGCAAAAUGAAUUAUCAGAUUUAAUAUUCAAAAAGUGUAUAAUGUAAUUAGAUUUAAAAAAAAAAAGAUACAGAAUUGAAUUGGUUGUUACGGAUAAAUGGAUUUUGGUUGAGAAGGACUUGAAUGCUUUGAGUUUGUUGCCAAUAUGGCAACUCACAUAAUCAAAGUAUUUCUGCUAGCAGCUCUUCAGUUAAAUUGUUGCCAGUGUUUCUAUUGUUAAGCUGUACACCUAUUAACCCUUUCUAGGGCGGUGAGAAGUAUGCUUCCCACCAAAUUUAUCAAUCUUUGUAUGAAAUUAUGUAGGUUAGCAUAAGUUCUGACAAUUUUUUUUAGUAAUUCAGAAACUUAGAUGCUUUAGUUCUUUAUCUCAGACAAAAUGAUGUGUCUUUAUUUGUUAAUUAACCAAAUUAAUUAAUCAAAUUAAAUUUAUCUAAUAAGCUGAAUGAAUCCCGUUUCUUAUUCUAACUUCAAACCUAAAAAUAUUUUAACAUAAUAUGACUAGAAAAAAAUGGCCCUUUAAAGGGUUAAAUGAAGUUUUAGUGAACUGAACAUUAAAAAUAAUUAACAAAUAAUUGAUUUAAAAAGAAAUUAAUUGAAUGUGAAUUUAAAUUCUUGAAAUUAUUUUGAAUUUUAUUAAAAACUUUUUAGCAAUAUUUUUUUAAUGAACUUUGAAAAGAUUUGUUUAUGAAUUAAUUUUUGGAUUUAUUAUUUUAAUUAAAAUUGUCUACUAGAAUUUUUAAAAUUGUUUAUCUUUAUUUCAUUCCCCCCUCCCUUUUUCUGUAUUUUAUGCUUCUCUUGAUAAUUUGCUAUGUCCAGGGAUUGUUCAAAAAUGUGGGUAAGGCGAAAAGGAAGGAUUAGCUAAAUAAGUAAGUGCAUUAAUUCAUAGUAGUUCUUUGUUCUAAAAAGCAGCAUUGGAAGUUUUUAGCGUCUUUCUUUUCGAUUAUGUGUUGUUUCUAUUAUUUGCUCUUCUUUCUUGAUUUUAAGAGGUUGAAAGAACUACGAGAUUCCUGCUGAUACUGCUAGCAAAGCUUCGAGUGUUUUUAAAUUAAUUUUUCUAGAUGUCGAAGGCAUUGCAAACUUUCAAGAUUAAAUCCUCUAAUAAAGAUUGUAGUCAAUUAAUCUUUAAACUGUGACUGCAUUAUUUACCUUUACUGCCAUCUUGUGUAUUGGCAUUGACAAUUUAGCAUCAUUGGUGAUGUGAAAAAGUUACUAAAAUAGAUUUCAACCAUUAAUUGAAAUCUAUUGUGUACAAAAUUAAGAUUUUACACUUAAGAGUAAAUCAUUCUCUUUACCAAAUUUUCUAUUAUUAUUUUGUAUCAUGCUAUUUUUAAAAGAUAAAAUAUGAGAAUUGUCAUAUCAUCUAUUCCCCAGUUUUGAGUGAUAUUUGUUAAAUUUGACAAAUGUUAUUUGAUUAGAUAUUUUUCAAAUUCCUGUCAUUGUUUUUAAUAGCAUUUACAAAAAAAAUUUUAUCUUUAAAUAAAUAUGAAUGAAUCUAUAUUUGUAAUUUUAUUUUUAAUGCUUAAUUCAUAUUUAAUAAGGAAGAGCAUUCAAUAUGAUUUCAAGACCAAAUAACUUGAGACAAAGUUUAUUUAAUGUGUGUAUUGGUGUGCAGCUUCUAAGUAUAAAUAUCAACAGCAAACACUGGACAAUAUAUUAUUAAACUGAAAACUGGAAUGAAAAGAUUGCCAAGAGUUGGAUUACUAGCAUAAUUCUCUAAUGAACAAAAAGGUGAAAUGAUUCACAAAUUCACAAGAAAUUUUAUAAUGCAAACUUUUUUUUCCCCUCUAUGAAAAAUUUCAUAUGCAUUGUUCUGCUAUAUGCCUAUUUCCAUUAAAAAUGUACUCGUUUAUAUUUAAAAGUUGCAUAUAUACUUUCUAAUGGAAAUUGUUGUAUAAUUUGUUAAAUUUGAGUAUAUUUUGCUUUAAUUUUUUUUUUUUUUUUCAAAAUCUGAAGGAAAAUGAAAAAAAAAAAAAUGUUUAAAUAUCAACAUAAAAUGUAGCUUACUAAUUUAGAUAUUCUUCCAGGGUUCAGAUAAAUUAUUUAUUGGAAAAAAUAUAUAAAUUUGAAUAAAGCUAUUUUCAUAUGCCCAUAUAUGGUCUGAAUAAGGAAAUUAAAAUUGACACUUGCCUCUUGUCAAUUAAGCAUGUAACUUUUACAUUAAAGUUUUUAUCCAUAUACAUUGUAAUUUGAACAUAAAAUAGAUCAUUUAUAUUGAAAUUAAAAAAUAUGCGCAUAUCGGUAAGAUGUUUUUAUUUCUGAUCAUUUUGAAACCAAGAUAACCAGUGAAAAUUGUGGCUCUUCAAGCUUGUGAUAUUUAAGUGCCUGUCUAUAAAUUUACAUUGAUAAAAUUUUAUUAAGCAACAUUUGUUGUGUAAUUUUUUAUAUAUAUUUAUCAUGUACACAAGAUGCUUGCUUUUUUUUUUCCACAUGUUUAGAAAAAUGGUGCAGCUGACAUGAUUACCAAAGUGAUAUUAAUUUUUGCAUAUAGUUGUCGUUUUUUGUACAGUUUGUUAUAGAAAGAAUAUAUCAGAAAUAUUAUGUACUUAAAUGUUAAAUAAAUAAAUAUCUGUGUACCUGUUAAUAUCUGUGUUUCUAUUAUGAAUUAAAUUUAAAAUCUGUGAUUGCAGAAAACUAAAUCUGGAUUUUAUUUUGAAAUUUUUUUUUAAUUUUACAAAAUGUAUAUGCCAUUUGCUAUUAUCGUUUUGGAGAUACUUAAAGGUUCUUUUUUUCUCCCUACUAUGAAAUAUUCGCGCUAGUUCAUUUAUUUUUCUAAAAUUGAUAUGAGAUUAUUCCUUCCAUUAUUUUUUUAUU